GUUUUGUCGAGAGUAAUUACUCGUGUAAAAAGGCGACUAAGACCGAGAUGCUGCAGCAGCGACGGUGAACGGGCUUGAAAUCAUCUCGAUGACCAGACUUAUAUGGUAGAGACCUGCGGAGAAGACUUUCUAAAACACGAUCGGAUUACCGCUGUCGCUCGAGUAGCGGGGCGUCCGAGUGGAUCACAGAAGGAGCUUCGUGUGAUUUGGCGCCUUUUUGUUUCUACAAAUUUUUUACAACGACAAUAAGAAGGGGAGUCGCAAUUUUUCAACCGAAUGCCUGCGGCCCCGGAAUAUGGAAAACGACCAGUCCGCUGAACUUGGAGUCACGAUGCCAGACAGAAGUGCAGAAGCCGCGCCUCUUACGACCGAACGGCGUUAUGGAUUUUCUCGGAUAGGCUGCGCAGCUGCAUUUGUACUGAUAAUUCUUGCCGUCGGGACAGGAGUGGCUCUUGUUAUCGGCGUUAGAGAUGCUGGAAUAAUGCUGGCGAUUUUAUUGCCAAUUCUGGUGCUAUCUGCAGGAUUAGCCAAUGUGUUCCUAUGGUGGCAGCACAAGAAAGCCGUUCGACGUCGAGAACUGGCGGCAAACGAGUGGGUGUCAACACCGCAAGCAGUGCAGCAGGUACAAGCAUCAGCACCGUCCGAGACUCCAAGGAGCAGCGGUUCCUGGUUCGGUAGGAUUUCUCUGAGAGCUUCGUCGCAUUCAACUCCGCCUCCUGGAUAUCAAACCGUGGUGUCAGGGACUUGAUGGACGAAUGUACUAAUAUUAUACAGAAUAACGUUAUUUAUUUGAUAAGUAAACAAUAACGUUUUGCUUGUCAACACUACGUCAGGUACGUUUUUGUAUUUUCUCGAGGUCUGGACGAUCGCUUGGCGGUGUCGUUUUAUAUUUUUCCUGAGACUUCGGAAUGGAAGUGUUUCGUACGUGGGAUUGAUUUGAGCUACAUUUUUGUUUUCAAAAAUGCUCAGCGAAGUAUUAAUGGAUUCAUGAGGCGUAGCAAUA